ACCACCAUCAGCCUCACUGUUGCGUCUUUGCUUCGCUUUUGGUUAUUUCUAAUAAAUUUGGUCAGAGAGUGAUUCUCGAGAAAGAGGAGGAGAGAAGCAGAUGCUUCCCACAUUUGAUUUCACUUCACAUUCCCUUCAGGGUUUCUAAUUAUCUACUGCUAUGACUGAGAGAAUCAAGCUUGGUAAGAGAGAAAAUGAUCUUUGGGAGGGAUGUCAGAAGCAAGAAGAAAAGAUGGUUGAUGGAAGAACAUAGCCAUUUGAAGAUGUCGUCAUGGGUUCCAAACGAUUAUCCACCUCCCCUUUCUCCUUCCUCGUUGUCUUCCCCAUCUACAACUAAUACUGUUUUCCAUAAAGAUUCAAAUCCUUCAUCUUCUGGUUCUAGAAUUAGCCCUGCUGUUCUUUUCGUUAUAGUGAUUCUUGCUGUACUAUUUUUCAUCUCUGGUUUGCUCCAUUUGCUUAUUAGAUUCCUCAUAAAACAUCCAACUUCUUCAGCUGCCUCCCAAUCUAAUAGGUACCCUGAAAUAUCUGGUUCAGACGCGCUUCAAAGACAGUUACAGCAGCUCUUCCAUCUCCAUGAUUCUGGUCUGGAUCAAGCUUUUAUAGAUGCCCUUCCUGUUUUUCAGUACAAAGAGAUUGUGGGUCCAAAAGAGCCAUUUGAUUGUCCUGUUUGCCUGUGUGAAUUUUCUGAGAAAGACAAGCUGAGAUUGCUUCCUAUGUGCAGCCAUGCUUUCCAUAUCAACUGCAUCGACACUUGGCUGCUAUCCAACUCAACAUGUCCUCUUUGCAGGGGAACCCUUUUCAAUACAGCUGGGUUUUCAAUGGAAAACCCAAUGUUUGAUUUCGAUGACUUAAGGGAGGAUGAUGGGUGUCCCGGUGAUGGAGAUAAUGUUUUCAUUCCUAGUCAAAAGACUGGGGAAAUUGAAGGAACUGUUGUUGAGAAGGGGGUUUUACCUGUGAGACUCGGUAAAUUCAGGAAGCUAAAUGGUGGUGUAGGGGAGGCAGGAGGAGAAACUAGUAGCAGUAAUUUAGAUGCUAGAAGAUGUUUUUCAAUGGGUUCGUAUCAGUAUGUGCUUGGUGAUACAGACCUCAGGGUUGGCUUAAGCAAUGAGCGGCAAAGUCGUGAUAUCAAGCCUGCCAGAGGGACCGAACAGAAGGUGAAUCUUUCAGUUGAUGGAGAUUUGGAGGAAAACAAGAUUAGUAGCUUGAGCCAGGGUGAGAGCUUCUCUGUAUCCAAAAUAUGGCUUUGGCGUAAUAAGAAGGGAAAAUUCUCAAGCUCCCCAGAUGCACCGAUGGGUAUGCCUUCUUAACUUAAUGUGGAUUUGCCAUGGAUGGAUGGAACGCUGUAACAAUUGAAGCCACUUUCUCUUGUAGGAUGCUAAUUCUUAAGGUAUUUUCUUGUCUACUCAUUAGCCAUUGAUCAAAGCUUGUUGUGCUUUUCAUUUUGAUUUUGAAUUUUUUUUUUGCUGGAUGCUAAAUCAAAUCAAAAAUAUUCUGAUGACUGGUUCUGGUUGUUGGUGCUCUGCUCUUCUGCUUGUAAGUAGAAAUUUGAUUCCAAGUGCUUUUUGCAUUUAUGAGGAGGAUAUAUGUAUAAAUGGUUACGAUUUCCCCA